UUGGAGCCGCAAGAGUAUAAGCGCUUGUUGAGAAAGAUCGAUCUUGCCAUUGUGCCCUAUGUGACCUUGUUGUACCUGCUGAGCUUCUUGGAUCGCGUCAACAUCGGACAAGCAGCCACCCUUGGCCUCCGUACAGACCUUGGCCUUGUGGGCAACCAGUAUGCGGUCGCUUUGACCGUCUUCUUUGUCAGCUACGUCGCCGUCGAGCUUCCAAGCAUGAUCUGGUUCAAAAAAAUCGGUGUGCGGUACUGCAUUCCUGCGAUCAUGGUCGCUUGGGCCAUCGUGAUGACCUUGAUGGGAGUUGUGCACAACGCCGCCGGCUUGCAAGCGGCUCGCUUCUUCUUGGGCUUGUGCGAAGGUCCUCUGUUCCCCUUGCUCAACUAUAUGCUGAGCUGCUGGUACACGCGCAAGCAGCAAGGCACGCGUGUUGCAAUCUUCUUCUCCGGCGCAACGCUCAGCGGCGCUUUCGGCGGCAUCUUGGCGUACGGCUUGUCGCGUAUCCCUAUGCCAGCUGGUCCUUUCCAAGGAGAGAAUUGGCGCUGGAUCUUUAUCAUCGAAGGCAUUCUCACCCUUGUCUGUGCCCUGCCAGGCUACUGGCUUUUGGUGGAUUUCCCAGCGGUCGAGAAACGUCUGUUAUCGCCCCUCGAAUCUGCUCAGUGGAACCACGUGCUUGCCAAGAGCCAAGGUGUGACGAAUGCCGAAGUGCCCUUCUCAUGGUCGCAAGUCAAGUCAGGCGUAGCCGAAUGGCGCACUUGGGUGCAUGCAAUCAUGUAUCUGGCGAUUGCCAAUCCUCUCUAUUCGCUGGCUCUAUUUACCCCUCAAAUCAUCACAGGUCUCGGAUCAUUUCCCAGAACCUCUGCCAACCUCUUGUCUGUCCCGCCAUACGUGGUCGGUUACAUCACGACUAUUGCCAUGGCUUGGUUCAGCGACAAGUUUUUGGUCAGGAGUAUACCCAUCAUCGCAGGAAUGCUAGUGACUAUUGUAGGCUACAUCAUUCUGAUCUGCGAUGUGUCUGCAGGAGUCAAGUACUUCGCUCUUCAUUUGACCGUGGCAGGUGUAUCGCCAUGUAUCGCUCUUGCCAUCACGUGGACUGGCAACACCUUUGGCCCGGCUUACAAGCGUGCCACCUCAAUGGCGAUAUUCUUUUCCUUCGGAAAUUCUGCAGGUCUGAUCUCCAGCAACGUCUACCCCUUAGCAGAAGCACCGCGAUACUUUAAAGGUCACGGUAUCAAUCUUGGCUUCAGUGUAUUGGCCAUCGCCUGCGCUGUAGUCUUGGGUCUGGCGAACAUGCGCGAGAACAAGCAGAGGGACAAGAUCUCGUAUGCCAACCCUGACGGAAGCUCUGCCGACCCUCUGAAGGCGAACGAUGAGGACGAAAAGGCUAGAUGGGGUCUGACAGGAAUGAGCAGGGAAGACAUUGUGCUGCUUGGCGACAAACACCCU